UAAAAUCAGCAGCAGAUUGUAGUUGGAUCGGUUUUCAACUUUCCUUUCUUUCUUUUUGAGUCCAAGAUUAGACUUGGAAGAUUUAAAUCUACAAAUAACCUGAUAAUCUCUCUUGCAGCCCUCAGUUUCUCAGUGUUUGUACCCAACAAAGUCUUUUCUUUUCUUCCCUCUCUGUUCCCAACAAUGGAACAGUCAUCCAACCUCAAGCCCUCCCACUCCUUGUUUCAAGUUCUCACUCCAACUCAACCCCUUCAAUUUCAUAUUUAAGCACUGUCAAUUCAAAAUGGAUAGCCUUUCAAUUGCUUCAGUUUCGUUUCUACUUAUUGUUUUAAGCUGGAAAAGUUGAUUUUCUUUGCUGUCAAACGAAGUUUUUUUUUUCCUUAGAGAAUAUAUAUAAUCAAAAGAGGAGAAAAAUGAUAUCAGGAGGGCUAAAUUUGGUGAUGACUGUUAUAGGUUUCACAGUGAGUAUUAUGUUCAUAGUGUUUAUUUGUACACGUUUGAUUUGUGCUCGUAUUCAGCUACGUGCUUCUCGGAGACCCUUCGCAAUCUCUUCAAGAUCUGAUCUUAAUAUGCUCGAACGGGGUUUACACGGUAUUGAGCCUGUUGUCGUUGCGAAUUUCCCAACAAAGACUUUCUGUAAUGAGUGCUUCUCAGCUAACAAAGAUGCUCAGUGCACGGUUUGCCUUUCCGAAUACCGCUGUGAAGAUGUGUUGCGAAUCCUCCCUUAUUGUGGGCACUCCUUCCAUGUAACAUGCAUAGACCUAUGGCUGCAACAGCAUUCCACCUGCCCUGUUUGCCGAAUAUCGCUGCGUGAAUUGCCCGAGAAAAAACGGUUGAUGCAACCGUUGUUCAGUUCAGCCGGUCGUUCUCAUUUUGGCACAGAAUCUUUUAAUAUGCAUACGUACAACUGUUUGUUGAGAGGGCACGGAUUUCCCUCAAGAACCCGUGAGAACCCCGUGAUGGACCCAAACCAAGAGAAUUCAUUUGCAACUGGAAAUCUGGGAUCGGGGGAAAACAUGUCCCGUACAAUCGAAGAUGGUGAAGACAACAUUAAAGAACCAAGAAAGAAGCUUGUGGAAAGCCCAUCAAACCCUUGAAUUAUGUUUGUUUGUGAGUUGAUGCAAAGAUCUUCUGGUUGUGAAAGUGGAUUAUUUUCCCUUGUUCUUCUUUGGUGGAUUCUUUGUAAAUAUGUCAAAAGUUGGAUGUUUUUGGUGUAAUUUUAGUCCUCAAUAGUAGAUGGUUUCUGGCAGUUUUGGUAGCUCUCCUUUUCUCUCUCCAAAAAGCCUUGCUCUGUGUUUGAAGUACUUGACAGGUCUACCUAUUAUAGGAAAUGUAUUUUAUAUUAAUGAAUGAUUUUAGUUUGGUAUGGUCAA